CUGACUUCACAAUUAGGCCAUUGUUCUGGUGACUAACACUGAGAUUAACUGAUGUGACAAAUUGCAGCCGGGGACAACUGCAUGAUGAUGAGGGUGGAAUACAUGAAGGAACAUUUUGACAUUCAUCAGUUUGAGAAUGAGUGACAAGAUGGAAGAAGAAGCUGAAGACGACUGCAGUGCCUACUAUUUUCUGCUACACUAAGCCUCCCAAGGUGCGAAAGUCUCAGAAGAAGCGGGGCGUCAACUUGCACUAGACCUACUUGUAGAACUGGACACAAGGUUCAUUUGCAAGACCACGGCUACUCUGCCCCUCCACCUGAGGACAGCUCAACUGGUUCUUGUGUAUAAUUUUUAAGUGAUAAACGACAUGGUCAUUCAUCCUCUGCACCAGUGGGUGGCGGUAAUGCAUCAGUUUUCCUAAACGACAAUAAACGUCAGAGAAGAAGAAGAACAAGCCCGAUGACAACAGUCAUGGAUGCCUCCUGCGCGUUCGUGUGCUGCGGAGAGGAGAGAGAUACCGACAAAGCUGUUAUAGUCCGCUUCGCAAAUGGCAGCGUCAAAAACCCAGACAGGCUGGAUUUCUCUUUGUACAAGAACACAGAUGAGACGAACCCAAGAAAAAAGAACAGGCGGAUACUGGUGGCUGAAUCAGACAGACUGUCCUAUGUUGGACACAACUUUGGAGCGGGAUCACUGAAGUGCAACAACCUUUGCAAAUAUUAUGUUGGGGUGUUAAACAAACAGACCAUGCAAAUGGAGGUUCACAACGCUCAACUCUUCAACAUGCAACCAGCUAUACCAGGAGAAACAACAGAUACUGCACAAUCCCAGGACACUACUCAGACCUACAGAGACAAGGUCGACUCAUUGAUUGAGGCCUUCGGCACCAACAAACAGAAGAGAGCUCUGAGCUCCCGCAAGCUCAAUCAGGUGGGCAGUGAUACUCUGCAACAUGCAGUGGACAAGGCUGCCAAGACUGUGAUUAACAAGAAGGGUCUGGAAGCUCUACAACAGGAGGUGGCUGACGCUGAGUCGCAGGGAGAACUGGCUCUCCACCUGCCGCCCUGCAGUGCCGACGCAGACAAACAAGAGAACGUCUAUCCAUUUGAUAACCUGCUGAGUCCAGUCGAGUUUGAAGCUUUGGAAGAAGCCGGUUCUAAGAUGGCAGCAGUCACCUCUGAGGAGCUGCAGAAGAUGAGAGAUGAUGGCGGGUGCCUGAGUGUUGUGAGGCACCUAGAGAACCUGCCAACUGCAGAUGAGGCCAGAGUGAAAACAGCUCGAUGUGCCUUUUACCUUUCUCUGCUCCUUAAACUGGUGCGGCAGAGGAGUAUGACCCGCAAGUUUGGGCAGGAGGAAGGCUGCCCUCGCAUCAUUCAAACCAAACUCUUCAAAACGUUCACUGUGGAGACUUUCAACAGCGGCAGGCUGCAGAACACAGUGUCUGCAUCAAUGCGUGCCAAAAUAGCAGCAUACUGCCUGGCUCUGCUGCUGCAUUUGGGCCACAUGACUGCUGACCUCACAUUACUUCACCGUGACCUGAGAAUCACAGAGGCCAGGAUGAUUGAAGUUGCAAAGUCAAUGGGACUGACCAUAAUUAGACCAGCUCGGGCCAAGGCUGAUGAAGCCGGACUGCAAGAUAACCACACACAGGCCUCUCUUCUUCUACCUCUGGUUAAAUAUGAGCAGUUCACUGAGAGACGGAAGCGCAAAAAAUGCACUGAAGACCAUAAGACAAGACAAGACAAGAAACGGACAGUAAAAAAAGGAACCGCAAGAAUUGAAAAUACCACAAACAAGACUUGUUUAUUAUUGUAUUUUGUAGACAAAUAAAGUGGUAAACUUUGA